GGGAGGACCUGUGACCAUCACCAAUACUUCCUGACCACUGCUGCGCGUGACCAGACCCUGCAUGCAGCCGCGUCUUUAACAGCGCCUCACACCAUGGCAGUCCAUGUGGUUGUGGCGGUGCUGGCGGCGGCGGCCAUACUGAUGCCUGUCCGAGCAGUGCCAGCGUCAUCGUUCCUCAACUGCUUCAUGGCUGGCGCCAACCCGGCCAUGACCACCAUGCCUGUUGGUCCCGCCUUUGACCUUAAUGUCAACGUGUUGUGUCCAGCGACCUGCCUCCAACAGGGCUUCGCUUACGCUGGCAUCACUGAAGGAACCCACUGCUUCUGUUCCUCCGACGUGAGUACACUGACGGUGGCCGGGACGUGUGACGAGCUCUGUACUGACGGCACGCUUCAGUGUGGAGCCAUCGACAGCAACGUCGUCGCCGUCUUCAGCACCGGAGGAGGCAGCCCCAACUUUACUUUUGUGGCCUCCAACACUGCUGCGAGCAUCACAGUGACGCUGACGCCGGUGGCAGCGGGGACAACCUACCUCAUUGACCUGGGAGUGCAGGCGCCUCCGUCCUACGCCAACCAGACUACUCUCACUACUGACCCCUACCUCGUCCCUGGUGUCUACCAUGUCCAAGUACUGAGCAUGAUAGAGGGCACCUCACUUAUGGCCUCCGGCAGCACCUCCCUGUUGCAGACCGGAGUACCCUCCGUCGACCAAGUCGGCUGCCCCAUUGUGUGGGAGCCGAGCGAGGUGUUCUACUGCAAUGUGUCUGUCAGUAUGGCCAACGCCAGCAACUCCUUCACCGGCACCUUCAGUGAUGAUGCCUCGCAGUUUGCCAUCACUGGCAUCGGCUCGGAGGUGUACCGGAGAGGUACUCCUCCUCCCCGGGGCCUCUCCCCCAGCGUCGCGGCCCCUGACUCCACUGUUGAUGAGAUCCGCAAACCUUUCUCCGUCACCAAGCCCUCAAAACUCCUCGCCUUUGACAUGUAUGCGUACGAUGUGGGCGCCUUCACCGUCAGUGUGAAGCGGCCAGCGUGCAGCGGUGGCGUGUACUCUGUGGACGCUGGAGGCUGCGUCAGUGUGCCGCCAGACGACCCCCUGGGCAUCACCCACACCUGCCCAGCCACCGACGUCUUCUGGCCGCAGCAGCCAACGUGUAGCAGCGCUGCCGGCGUCGCGCUCUCUGCAACACCAGCCACAUGGUCAGACUUGGCGGGUACUCUAGUCUCGGGGACGUUCGCCGCGGCGGGGUUUCACAGGGAGCUGCUCGCCGCUCCUGUCGACUUGCUGCCCGGAGACGCCAUCGCUAUCAUAGGACCAGUUGGCAAAAGUCUUGAGGUUCGAACCGUGGGAGACACUGUGGCUGGAGCAGCAACAACGUCGCUUCACUACCUCUCAGCCAUCAUCAAGGAGAUGAUGCCCAUCCAACUCUCACAUUCCUGCACCACCGUCAACCUCGAUGUUGACCUCCAAGUGGCUGAUGAUUAUGGAGUAGCGACGACCCUGGUAAAUACCACCUCGUGUGAGCGCAACAUUACUGACGUGGCGCUCAAGGUCUCCCAGACCCUUACCACCACCUUCAACACUUCCGUCAACGUGCAGCAGCCCUUCUACGUCAGGUCCCUCACAGACGCUAACUACACAGCUGUGUUCAGCGUGGCGGGGCCCGUGAGCUUCACCUUCUCCUUCCUCCCGUCUCUUGGACUUAAUUACACAUUCAAUGAUACAGGAGACUACCCACUAGGAACAGUGCUCUACGAGUUGACGUACCCAAUCAUGGUGAGCGUUGACGGCAUGUAUAUUGUGACUGUGGCUGCCCAGAACAAGCACAAUAUAUACACAGGUCCCGUGACGAACUCCACCAUCGUGUACGUCCAGCACGAGGUGGUGACGACCUGGCAGGUGGCCCCCGUCCUCCCUGGAGGCGUCCUCGUCCCUACCAACACUCCCCAGAUCCAGUUUACGGAUACUUCUGGAGCGCCUUUCCCCACCAAUGCCUCGGUGAGCGUGGCGUGGGGAGACGGCCUGACGGAGGACCUGCCCUUCCUCAACCCUGGCAACAACGUCCCCAUAUUCUCACACAUCUACGCCAACGACGGCUACUUCAACAUCACCGCCUACAUCCACAACAUCGUCUCCGGGUACACAGUGACCUGCCAGAUCUACAUUGUGCAAGAAAUAAUUAACUUUGUGGUGUUGAACAAAUACUACCCAACGCUGACAGCAACAGUUGGCAGAGACGGAUUCGGCAAGCUGAAGAACCAGUACCCCAUGGAUAAGAACCUGACAUUUGUUCCCCUCAUGACGCAAGGAACUGUUGAUGAGUACAUAGUGAUCAACGACACCUCCGGCCUCGAGAUGUUCAGGUACAAAACCCUCGACCCCUUCAACCCCACGCUGCUUCCCUACAGCUACUUUAUCAAUUAUGAGACUGUGGUGAAUAUGACUGUACACGCCGUCAACAAGUUCCAGUCAGUGCCGUACCUUCUGUAUGUGGAGAUCGUCGGCACCAUAAGACAAUGUCUCAUUGACGACUACUCUGAUGUUAAGCCAAAGAACGAGGAGAAGACGUUUGAGGUGAGCUUCGAGAGCGUGGGUGCCGGGACCUGCCUGGUGGUGGACUGGGGCGACACAGACCUCAAGGUGGUCCACUCCUACGGGGAGAGUUACACAUGUCAGACGGGCUACGGCAGCGCUGUCUACCACGACGCCCCCGUCCUCGACGUCUCCUUCAACCUCACCCACACAUACACGUGGGACGAUGUGUUCAACGUGACCAUAUACGCCUUCAACAACCUGGGGUCGUGUGUGAGCAGAGUGAUGACCUUGGUCACAAGCAUUAAGUGCCGGCCGCCCAUCCUCGCUAUAGAGGACGGCAGUGCCAGCUUCGAGGCGCCCAUACAGUUCUACAAGAGCAAGGUCAACACCAUCUACACCAUCGCCUCCCUCAACUGUGAACUCACGUCCAAUACUAGGAAACGCUGGCAGCUGUACCUAACUAACGCGACCACUGGGGAUCUGCUGGAGUACAUCCCCACCAUGUACGUGUACUCCUCGUGGGACAAGCCCCAGCUCUCCAUCCCCGCCAGGCGCCUCGACUAUAACUUGUACAUUGCUUGGUAUACUCUUACCAUGUGGGACCCUGCUGUUCUGGAUCCUAGCUGGCCUUUCCAAAAGCGAAGUAUGACUUACUUUGAAAUUACGAAGACCCCGCUGGUGCCUGUGCUGAUGGAGAACGCUGUGUCACUGGUGCUCCGAGGCUUGCCGCAGCAAGUACUCUUCAACCCAGCCAACUUCUCCUCCGACCCAGAUUACCCAGACGACAAGAAUUUCACAGUAGAGUACAGGUGUCGGCAGGUGGGGGAGGCUUGGCCCGCCCCGGACACCACCCCUCACUCUGUGUCGGUCAAGGGGUCGGGGGGAGGCUGCUUCGGUAAUGGCCCAGGACUGCUGGACUACACUGCCGGAGAGUUAGUGCUGUUUGGCAGCGACUUUGUGGCCGUGGACCUGACCUACGAGAUGGAGGCGACCAUCUCUAAGGACACCAGGACGGCGAAGGUGGUCGGCUAUGUUCAGGUCGUCAGUUACAUCCCGCCCGUCAUCUCUAUGAGGUGCGCGUCUGCGUCGCUGUGCACCCCGUACCCUGACGGUGUGUACAUCAACCCCUCGAGCCGUGUGGGGCUGAUGGCCCAGUGUGAGCAGGACUGCACCUCCUCCCUCACUUACUCCUGGGAAGUCUCCUCUGACACCGGCACCGUCUUCCCCGCUGACCCUGAUCACUUCCCAGUCGGUGUUGAGUCAGCGGAGGUGGCUCUCAGCACCAAGUUCUUCGAUGACAACCCCACACUGAGCAUCCUCCACUUCUCCAUCACCGCCACGGGCAGCGACGGCACUCAAGGGCUGGUGGCGUACUUCAUGAAGGUAAACAAGAGACCUGUCAACGGGUACUGUAAUGUGACAGUCCCUCCCACCAGGCUGGCUCUUGUUGACCAGUUCACCCUCACAUGUGACUCCUGGCAGGACCCCGAGGGAAUAGGCAUCACUAAUUACAUCGUUACCAUAGUGGGUGUUGACGGCGCCAUAACUACCCUGCUGAACAUGAGGCACGGGGGAACUCCUCCCCAGGUGGAACCUCUGGUGCUCCCUCCGGGGACCUUCACUAUCAUGGUCCAAAUAUUCGACGAGUGGGGAGCCUUCACCUACGUCAAUACUGGCACUAUUGAGGUGCUGAUGCCCUCCAAAGCUGCGCUUGACGCCGCCAACAUCCCGGGUCUGAUAGCCAUGCUGAAGGGCUCCGGGGACACCCAGCUGCUCAAUAUGGUGCUACUCGCCCAGUCCCGAGUGGCGGACCAGAUCGGGGAAGAAUGA